CAGACUGUUCUAUGACUGCAAAGAUGGAAACGACCUUCUACGACGAUGCCCUCAACGCCUCGUUCCUCCAGUCCGAGAGCGGCGCCUACGGCUACAGUAACCCCAAGAUCCUGAAGCAGAGCAUGACCCUGAAUCUGGCCGACCCCGUGGGCAGCCUGAAGCCGCACCUCCGGGCCAAGAACUCCGAUCUCCUCACCUCGCCCGACGUGGGGCUGCUCAAGCUGGCGUCGCCCGAGCUGGAGCGCCUGAUAAUCCAGUCCAGCAACGGGCACAUCACCACCACGCCGACCCCCACCCAGUUCCUGUGUCCCAAGAACGUGACGGACGAGCAGGAGGGCUUCGCCGAGGGCUUCGUGCGCGCCCUGGCCGAACUGCACAGCCAGAACACGCUGCCCAGCGUCACGUCUGCGGCGCAGCCGGUCAGCGGGGCGGGCCUGGUGGCUCCAGCCGUGGCCUCGGUGGCGGGCGGCGGCGGCGGCGGCGGCGGCGGCUUCGGCGCCAGCCUGCACAGCGAGCCGCCGGUCUACGCCAACCUCAGCAACUUCAACCCGGGCGCGCUGAGCGGCGGCGGCGGCGGCGGGGCGCCCUCCUACGGUGCGGCCGGCCUGGCCUUUCCCGCGCAGCCUCAGCAGCAGCCGCCGCCGCCGCCGCCGCCGCCGCCGCACCACCUGCCCCAGCAGAUCCCCGUGCAGCACCCGCGGCUGCAGGCCCUGAAGGAGGAGCCGCAGACGGUCCCCGAGAUGCCCGGGGAAACGCCGCCCCUGUCCCCCAUCGACAUGGAGUCCCAGGAGCGGAUCAAGGCGGAGAGGAAGCGCAUGAGGAACCGCAUCGCUGCCUCCAAGUGCCGGAAAAGGAAGCUGGAGAGGAUCGCCCGGCUGGAGGAAAAAGUGAAAACCUUGAAAGCGCAGAACUCGGAGCUGGCGUCCACUGCCAACAUGCUCAGGGAACAGGUGGCCCAGCUUAAGCAGAAAGUCAUGAACCACGUUAACAGUGGGUGCCAACUCAUGCUAACGCAGCAGUUGCAAACGUUUUGAGGCGAGACUGUCGGGGGCUGAGGGGCAACGGAGAACAAAUAACACAGAGAGGGACAGACUUGAGAACUUGAC